AAUAAAAACUACAUUUACCAGUUCUCACAGUUUAGCCCGGAAGUUAGACUUCACCAAAAUAUUCCAUAGCAUGCUAGUUUAUGUAGUCUUUUAACUCUCCGUAUUUUGGCGUCGUUCAUUUGUUUUUCUCGAAGCAGACAAAACGCAGACACCCUGUGCACAAUGUCCUACGUCUUCAUCAAUGACUCCCUGCAGGCCACCGUUCCUCUGCUGCAGGCCUGUAUUGAUGGUGAACUAACAGAUGCAAAACACCUGCUCGAGUCAGGCUUUGACCCCAACACACGGGACUGUCGUGGGCGGACUGGUCUGCAUCUGGCUGCCGCUCGAGGUGAUGUGGAGAUAUGUCGUCUGCUGCAUAAAUUCGGUGCUGAUCUGCUGGCCACUGACUCACAGGGUAACACGGCACUGCACUUGUGUGGACAUGUAGAUACCAUCCAGUUCCUGGUGUCCAACGGCCUCAAGAUUGAUAUCUGCAAUCACAAUGGAGCAACUCCACUGGUGUUAGCCAAAAGACGUGGCGUGAACAAGGAUGCGCUACAUUUGCUGGAGGGGCUUGAAGAACAAGAAGUGAAGGGCUUCAACCGUAGCUCACAUUCCAGCCUGGAAAAGAUGCACAUUGCUGAGAAUGAAAGUGCCAUGGAAAAUCACUCUCUUCUCAACCCGCACUUGCAUCACAGCGAGGGCGUGCUCUCCAGCUUCCGGACCACAUGGCAGGAGUUCGUGGAGGAUCUUGGUUUCUGGAGAGUUAUUUUGCUUCUGCUUGUUAUUGCCCUGCUGUCACUUGGAAUCGCAUAUUAUGUUAGUGGGGUGUUACCAUUCACUUCUAAUCAGCUGGAGCUUGUGCACUAACCUAACAACAUUUUAACAACAUUAUUAACACUUAAACACAUAAUAAUGAUCUUUGAUUAUCUGACGAUUGUUUCUACAUUUACUGUUGUGUAACCACACUUUUCCUACCCACAUAUACUCUGUUACUAAAUAAAAAAAAACAGUUGUGUAUAAUAUUGUAAAUAGACCUUUUAAUGUGCUUUAAAAUGAUCGCUUUUAUUAUCUUGAUGUUCAAAUAGAUCCUUUUAUUGUGUUUCGCAUUUGCUUGUUAUGUCCAUUUUUUUUAAUGGUCCGAGAGCAUUAUUCCUACUUAAUUUAUUUUAAUUUUUCAUUAAAUUGUUGCAAGAAGUGUGUUCAUGAACCUUAUUUUACAUUACAAUUUCCAGCAAGAAAUAUCUUUUUUAAAUAAAUAACUGAAAGAAUG